AUGGAUCAUAUUACAAGCUUUGAUAAUACAGCACAUCAACUAUUUUAUAAAAGAUAUAUUAAUAGAGAUAUUAGAUUGGGUAUUGAUGAGUUUGAUAACUAUAUCUCAAACAAUCCAAUACCUCAACCUCAACAACAUCAUCAACAACAACAACAUCAACAACAUCAGCAACAACAACAAUUACAACAAACAAUAUUUAGUAAAGGAGGAUUUAUUGAAGUGUUUGGACCAAGUUCAUGCGGCAAGACUGAACUACUUUAUCAUGUCGUGGCUCAAUCAGUGAUGCCUAAAGCAUGGUCACAAUAUCAAGUCAAUGGCAAUGAGAUCGGUGUCAUAUACUUUGACAAUGACUUCAAGUUUGACAUCUUCAGAUUCAAACAAGUGAUCAAGUUAAAGUUAUUCAAUAUCAUAGACCGCCAACAACAACAACAAUUAUCAAACGAUGAGUUUGAAACAUUCUUUACACAGUGUACCAGCAGAUUGUACUUGUUAAGAUGUAGAGAUAGUCUUCAGUUCUUGCUCACAUUGAAGAGCCUUCCAAAUAUGAUAAAGACUGUUGGAAAGGAUGUGAGAGCAGGUUCGCCUCAGCGAGAGAUCCAAAUGAUUGUUGUCGACAGUAUCUCUGCAUUCUACUGGUUGGACAAGAAGGGCGAGUCAUUGUCAUCAAGGUCUGGACAACUAGUUGGUAUUGAUGUGUUAUCAUCACUGGUUUAUCAGUUCAAUGUUGUUGUAAUUGGAGUCAAACAGGCAAUAUUCAACUAUGCCGCACCAAAGUCAACAAUAUCAUCCCACGACAAUCAGCAACAUACAACAACAUCACUAUCAAAGAGCUUCCCGAGGACUGACUUCAUCAGUCCACUCUGGGGACAACUAGUCAAGUACCGCAUCAACAUUCCCAACAAGUUCACAGUUGAAUCCAAUGAUCCACAGGCACUAUUCUCUGCUCCUCACAUGAGUAUAUUACGAUCUGGAUCA